AUUUGGAACCUUGAACACACAAACACACAUUCUAAACCCAGCAUUUGACAACUGAGGAUGCCAGAGGAGCACAUAGAUGCGGAGCAGGGUUCGUCCGAACCUUCUAAACAAGAGGAUUGUGAGAAAGAGGUUUUAGAAAUACCUACUCUGUCCCUUCCGUCCCCUGUUCCUUCUCCUCCCUCCUCCCCUGCCCCCAUCCGUACUCACUCCCUACCCUCAUCCCCAUACUCGGAGAAUGAGGGCAGGAUGAGGGAUGAUGAGGAAGGAAUGAGGGAGUAUGAUGAGGAGGAUGAGGAUGAGGAGAGAAGAGAUUCAGAUUCUGAAAAUCCUGGCAGACGGAGGAAAUCAACCAAACCAAAUCAGAUUCAGGGAUAUAGUGAUGAUUCCGAGCCUUGCAUCCCGGAUUUCAAGUGUCCACUCUGCAGUCAGGUCUUAUCCUGUCAGAGAGAUUUUACGUCCCAUCUCCGGGGACAUAACGAGGUUAAACCUUCUCCAGACCCUAGUGAUCCUACAGGUCAGACCAAGGUGUACAACUGCUGUCUAUGUGGGAAGAUGUUGUCCUCCUUCAGCUCCUUGGACAGGCACAUGUUGGUCCACUCAGGGGAGAGACCAUUCUCAUGUAUCUUCUGCGGACAAACCUUUACAACGAAUGGAAACAUGCACAGACACCAGAGAACCCACGGGGUGAAAGGAGCAGAGGGAGAGGAUGGGAAGGUUCUUGUUCUUCCUAAGAAAGCAAAGAAGAGAGAGGCAAGUUUCAGUUUAAUGGAUCGGGAGGAGACCAGUAAUAACAACUACCCGGAGAAGACGGAGCAGAUGUGUCCUGUGUGUGAGAAGACAUACAGCUCUGAUCUGCUCCUGGAAGCACACAUUCUCUCAACCCAUCCUGGACAACAGCUCCGCUGUGACUCCUGCACCGCUAUUUAUUCUACUUUCCAGAGUUUAAACAUACACAAGUAUCUUCACCAUUUUCAGCCAAUAUCAAACUUUUCUGAAAUCAAAUAUCCGAACCUAUCAGCUUCAUUAUCCGGGGUUCAGGUUCCAAUAUCUCUCCCUGUAUCCCUCUCACCUAUAACCAAACAUCUAGAGGGAGCCCUCACCCGUCCUGUUCUGAAAGAGAAAGAUCUGGCAGAUGUUCAGAGUAUCCUAUCCAUCACUCAAAACUUUUCCGCUAUGGCCGGAGAAAAUAAAAACUCUCAACCCAGUAUUGCAGAGUCUAUCACCUCUGAACACAGCGUGAACUCAACCCUCUCCGAGCCCGAGAGUCCUGGAGGGAAAAGGAUGAGGUUGGACGAGGGAGAGAGUUUUCUUGACGAUGAUCCUGUAAUUAAAGAAAUGAAAAUGAAGGGAGAGUUUCCUUGCAGCCAGUGCCCUAGUGUAUUCCCUAACCUGAGAGCCCUGAAGGGGCACAACAAGGAGCAUUUGGACAAGGCCCCUUAUAGGUGCAACGUUGGGACCUGUACCUACACCAGUAACGACAAGAGCACCCUCACCCGCCAUAUGAGACGACACACCGGAGAAAAACCGUUCGAAUGCAAGGUUUGCAACUUUGGAUUUACAACAAAGGCAAACUGUGAGAGACAUCUGAAGAAUAAGCACAGGAAAACCUCAAGGGAGCAGAUUAGGGAUUGUUUGAUCAUCCAUGAGACAGAGGAUACAGAGACAUUGAUCACAAGGAUGCAGAUGUCCGGAGAGGGUUCCAGGAACGGUAUAGAGGAGAAUGGUUCUGAACCUAUGGAUAUGGAGUCAGAUUUUGCAUUUCGUUGCAAAGUUUGCAAGCUUACUUUUAUGUCAAAGUUUGCCGUUAUUCAACACGGGAUCCAUACACACCCAGAGUAUGCCAAGGACGUGGAUCAUAUUGCAGAGGCUAUUGGAGAACAUAAACCUCCUGGUUUCUCGCCAAGGAGAAGAAGCAAUAGUUUGGGUUCAGAUGAUGAAGCACCUUUAGACCUGAGCAAGGUUAAGGAUGAAAAGAGAAGAGAGCCAGUUGAUCACCAAGAGGAUGAAAGUACAAACCAUCAAGAGCCAAAGUUCAGAGUAGGACCCAAACUCCCGGGGGGAUUCCCUCCUGGGUUCCCAAUGCUUCUCCCUGGUCUUCAGAACCAACAACAACCUAGCAUUUUCUAUCCCUACCUUGCAGCCAUGCCAUAUUUACUCAGUCAACAAAGCUUAAUCUCAGGACUGCAUAAUAAGAACAGUUACUAUGGAGGAAACCUGCCAGUUCCUCCAGUUGAUCUGUCUCCGUUCCUGGCAGCUCAAGAGUUUGCUAAAAAACAAGCAGAGUUUCUCCAGCAGCGAGAGGCAGCAGAGGCUCUGCAGAAUCUUAGUCAAGCUCAGGUUCCCCCUAAACCUGAAGAACAUAUUGAAGAACCUUCUCCAGUAGUUAAGGUUUCUGAGAUAUCUGAUACUGAAGAAAAGCUGGAUGAAUCAAUGUACAAGAUGGUGAUCAAGAACGGAGUUCUAAUGAAGAAACCAAAGCAGAAAAGAUACAGGACGGAAAGACCCUAUUCUUGCCAAAGUUGCAAUGCCAAGUUUACUCUGAGAUCUAAUAUGGAGCGUCACAUAAAGCAACAACAUCCAGAGUGCUGGAGCGGGAAGGGAAGAGGAUCAAGAAAACAUUUAUUCCCACUCUCUCUUCAAAUCCAAGACGAUGAAGCUGGCCAUAAACCUGAUGAAGAUACAGAUACAGAGAAGGAAGAGGAUGGUCUGCUCGUGAUCGAUGAUAAACCUGACAAGAAGAAGGAAGAAGAUUCUGUAGAUCUAGCGAGUGUAACCAAACUGCUGUCCUCCGCCACCAACCAAUCCUUCCCCCAGUUCUUCUCUGACUCCAACGCUGAGGAAAUACGGGAGGAUGAUGAAGAAUGCAAGGAGAACGGAGAUGAGAGGAAGAGUGCAUACUCUGCUGCUCCCCACAAAAUUGAUUGCCCUUUCUGCUACAGGAAAUUUCCCUGGACUUCAUCCCUAAACCGUCAUAUCCUGACUCACACUGGACAGAAACCGUACAAGUGUCAGGAUUGCAAACUCUGGUUCACCACAAAGUCAAACCGGGAUCGGCACCAGGUUCGGAAACAUGGAGGAGUACUUGACUCCGGACACAACUCGAGAAAUGUCUCUGAUCGUCCGUUUAAAUGCAGUAAGUGUCCCAGUUCAACCUUCUCUUCAGAAGAAAAUCUGAUGAAACACCACUAUGAGAAGCAUCUAAACCAGGAGUACCCUGGGGAUCUGGAUGGGGACGACGACGAGACCUCUGGCGUGGUGGAUGUCAAGAGCUACUUCAAGUGCCAUAUCUGCAACGAGGAGUACCUCCAUCGCGCUGAGACCAUUGCACAUAUUGAGGAUGAGCACCCUGACGUGUAUAGAGAGAACAUUGAGGUUUACGAGGCUGCCUCCCAUAUACCUAUAGAUGCUAACUUCAGACGUGAACCUAAUGAUGAAGGAUUGACAAGGGUCAACUGUAUCUUCUGUCCUUGUCAAUUUAAAUCUACAGUUGAGCUUGGAAAACAUGUUUUAUCUCACACCAGAACCAAACAAUAUCUCUGCGAUGUCUGCAGCAAGGAUUUCACCAGUAGGAUGGAUUUUAUAAAGCACAAGAAGAGUCAUGAUCAAAUCAACCAGAAUGAUCAACUCUCUAAUGAUCACAACCAGAACCUGAACCUAGAGGUGGAGAGACCUGCUCCGGCUAGUCCGGAGAUACCGAAACCUCUCCUGGAGAAUAUUGUAACUAAGAGAGCAAACCUAAUGGAUAAAAUCAACAAGUUGAGUCUUCUCAGUGCAGCCAAAGCUGAGAAAUCAACUGAUCCGUUCCGGUGUAUUCUACCCCAAACCCAGAUAUCUACACAACGUCUGGUAUAGUUUAAAAAAAGUAAAAUUGCUCACUUACCUACUUAACCAAGAAUUUAGAUACUUAUCAAAUGUUGUUUGAUCGUAUGUUCAAAACUCGACUACUUAUUUUUGUUAAUUUCUAGUCUGUACAGGAUUACUCCUAACAGAGUAUUUUUUAAAAACCAUGGUAUUCACAAUGCCUUAAUUAGUUUAAGCUGAUGCUAUGAUUAUCUUUAAUUAGCCCUUGAGUAUGCUUAACACUAUGCAAUGUAAAUGUACCGCAAGAUUGAAAUUAUUUGCAUGCAAUCAAUGCCUGAAAUAUUUAUUAUUAAAUUUACAUAAAUGCACACUACUAAUUGUAAACUAAAAAUAAUUGUGUACAUCUACAUAGUUCGUCAUUUAUUCAUAAACCAUGGAAUAUCCGUUUAUUUAUUCAAAUCAUUAAAUGACAAUUAUUAAAAAUUGCAUUCCUGUUUUUUUCUCACGCUUUAAAUGUGCUUCAAAAUGUCUUGUUAAUCUAAUCCGUCCAUUUUAUGUCAAAACCAGUUUUUUAAUUGUCAACGGGUGUACUGCAAAGCCUGUAAUAAUGUACACAGCAUGCAUUUUAUGCUAAAAAGUGAAAUUAUUGAACUAUAAAAACCAGAGUUUGAGGGAAAAAAUGUAAUAUAGUCGUUAAAGUCGUGAAAAUUUAGCAAAAGAUAUGAAAAAAUGCAUUAAAAGUUGUAAACUCUGUAAAUGAAUACUAUGCAGACAUGUAAACCUUGUUUAUACGUAAACUAGAAAAUAUCUGAACAAAUCUUUCUACAGCACAUAUUUACAUAUUUAAUAAUUAUGCCAUAAUAUACCAUUACACUAGUCAACCUCUAGUUCAAUGCACAUUCUAUCUAUCUAUCUAUUUUAUUGCAAUAAUGAAUAAAAUUAAAUAUACAUGA